GGUGACUCGGGGUCCCCCCUGGAGCUGCCGCCGGGGCUGGAGCCGCUGCCGGGGGGUCCCGGGGGGGCCCUGAGGGUCUCGGGGGCGCGGCGGGACCUGGGGGGGCCCUACGAGUGCAGCGUGGACUCGGGGGUGCCGCCCCCCCGCCCGCGCCAUCACGGUCCCGAGAUGGAGGCGGAGCCAGAGGAGGGGGAGGGGCCGGGGGCGGGGCCUGGGGUGGUGCUGGUGCCCGAGGGGGCGGAGUCAGCGACGCUGCGGUGCCGAGCCCGGGGAGUGCCGGGGGUGGAGCUGAGAGCUCCAGUGGCGGGAGGGGCCCUGGACCAGCUCCGUGCUCAGCGUCACCAACGUCACCGGGGCCCCCGCGCGCGCCUGCGCCGACGCUUCCUCCAGGCCCACCAGUCCCACCAGUCCCACCAGUCCCACCAGGCCCCCCGGCCCCGCUACCGCUACCAGAACGUGCCGUCGGACUGGGAGCACUGGGAGCACUGGGAGGGGGCCAACGGCACCGUGGGCGUCUUCGACUGCGUGGCCACCAACGAGAGGGGCACGGCCAGGAGGAGGAUGAGGCUGCGGCUGGGGGACCGGCCGGACCCCCCGCGGGCCCUGCGGCUCUCGGGGCUCUCGGGGACCUCCCUGAGCCUGGCCUGGGAGCCGGGCUGGGACGGCGGCCUGCCCCAGCACUUCCUGCUCCGCGCAGACGGGCCGGACGCCCCUCCCCCACCCGCCGCUCUCGUCACUUCCGGUUUCUCCCUGACGCUGAGCGGGCUUCGCCCGGACACGCCCUAUGACGUCACCGUGCGCGCGCGCAACGCCCGCGGGGACAGCGCCCCCGUGCGGCUGAGAGCCGUCACUUCCGCCGUGCCCGAGGCCCCGCCCCCGCGGUGGGAGGAGCCGGCAGCGCCCCCUGGCGGCGCGGAGGACCCGGCGCUGCCCGUCCUGCAGGGGGCGCUGGCGGCGCUGGGUGGGCUCCUCCUCCUGGCUGCGCUGGGGGCGGGGCUCGGUUGCUGCUACUUCCGGUGGGGGCGGGGCUUGCACCGCCGAGCGGCCGAGGAGGGGGUGGAGACGCCCAGCUCUGAAGGUUCCCGGGGCCCCCCCAGCUCUGGCUCCGCCCCCUGGGAGCCGCCCAAGGGGGCGGAGCCUCACCUGUACGAGGAGGUGGAGCCGUGGGGGGGCUACGAGGAGGUGCCCCCGGAGCCGCUCGUGACCCCCCAGGGGGAGCUGGUCUGAGGGGGCGGGGCCUCGGGCAGAGCCCCGCCCACAAAUAAACCACACCCCUUCCC